CCCUCCUUCCGGAUACCCCUCGGGCUGUUUGGCGGGGCCCAUCUCCUUCUUCUGCGGGCCUCUUUGAUCUGCUCGGCCUUUGUCUUGCCACGCAGUCUUUCGUUACCCUAAAGCAAACGGAACCCCCCCAGAAAGUUGUUGUCCUUCCCAGCAGAUGCAUCUUCCCUAAACCCUCCUUUCCUUGUACUACCAUCCUUCCCCAGCUGCAAGUUCAUGUAAAGAAGAUCCCCUUUCCCCUCCUCAAAUAUGCCUCGUCGCCGUGCCUCUCAUAGCGAACCAAUGGGCUUAUCAUCCGCGAUGAAUGAGGCGUUUGCCUAUCCUUUCUCUGGAACGCAACAGAACAAUGCUCCACCACGACGGGGUCCGAUCGAGGGACCCAACGGACGAAGGUUGAUUCGUAGGGUCACCUGGCGAUCCUCCACAUACAAAAUGAUGGCCUGUCUGUGGGUUUUGGGUGUCUUCUAUAUUGUCUGGCUCAUCCGAGACAUCUUCUAUUUGCCUUUCACCCCUUCGCAGAAGGGCCCCAUCCACCCUGGAUCUCAGACUGAUUUGUUGGCUCAUUAUGUGGGUCGUCGAGAGUGCGGCAUCUCUUCCUUGUCCCUCUACCAUACUCCAUCAACCAGUGAUGGACGUGCGUCCAGUCGAGCGUACUGUUCAACCCGGAGUGCUCUGUUGAGUGCCAUGAGCAACGGUGGGCGUCAUGGGUUUGAUGCUGCGUACAGCUCUCAAGACUGUGCCUACCAGUGGUAUUCCAGCUCUGAAGUGUGUGACAUUUUGCAAAGAUUUGAUGGGAUCGUGUUCGUGGGCGAUGAUGCCCUAGCCGAUGCCUACGCGGGAUUCAACAUCCUUCUGCGCGAGGAUCUCGCGACCGGCUCUCUUAGAGACUGGGAAAUGGACAAGGACUUUAGCCAAAGAUGCCGAUGCGAAUCCCAGUUCACUCAAGCUGCGUGUUUGCCACUACGAAUCACUUCAAGCAAUGAAGUUUACGCCCAAAGCGGCAAUCCAGCCGUUCGGUCCCCAUACUCGUGCCCGUCCCGAGUCUCCCAUGCUUUCCUCCCCACAGAUGGCUCCCCGGCCUCCAAGAAUGUCCACGACCACUUCCGCCGCCUGACCAGAAAAGUGGCAGACCGAAGCAAGCCUGUACCCGUGAUUCUGAGUCUCUCGCUUUCGACGUCGUAUUCUUUACCAGCAGCUCAGAAGAGCAUGGACGAGUGGCUGUCCAUGUCCAAGACUACCAAACAAAACACCCCCUUCCUUUGGAUCGGUCCCACCGCUCCUGGUCUCCAGAAGGACUCUGAGGACAAUAUCCACGCAUCCAGCUGGCAGUAUUCACAAGACACCAUCCAGGAAGCCCGAGCCCGAGGCAUGGAUGCUCUGGGUCUGUACAACAUAACCCUUCAAGCCGACAGUUGGGAUGGAAAGCACUAUGGUGAGCAAGUAGCUCUGGUGCAAGCAAUGAUGAUAAUCAAUUGGUUAUCCACUCUCUGAAGGGUUGUCUUCAUGCGAGGUGGAUAUUCCUGGCACUGGAUUGGCCGAGGAGACGAACUAAAGAAUAUUUAACGAGGAUGACAUUGUAUGAAUAU